CGCGAAUAACACCCAUUUCGUUCAAUCUAAAAAAAUUGCGGUAAGUUAUCCAGUUCCAUCGUAAGAUAGAUCCUUGAUAUCAUUAUGAAUGUCUUGGAAAUUGUAGUAAUAAAAUUGACAAUAUCUUUGUAGCUUUUUAUUUCAUUAAAUUCUAAAUAUUGAGCUACAUCUUUUAUCCUAAAAAAUGUGUAUCGAAUAUUGCAUUUGAAAUUAUAACUUUCAAUUUCGUAAUUAUUCGCGCUCCAAAAGAGUUGAGGAGCUCUAUAAAAAGUGACCAUAGACCAUAGAUUACACAUAGAACAUCAAAGGCUGUAUGGAAUACUAAGUACUCGCUCGCUCCCUUAUUCGCUCAGUAGUACCGCGAAAGCCUUACGGGGUAAACGCGACCCAAGGUUGCCAAGGGCAGUAAACAAACGGAGCAUCAAAACUUAUAUACUGCCUAUUAAUCAAUGACAUUGCUUGAGUAAAAAUUAGACUGUGGCUUCUUGAGAAAUCGCGGUCAGAAAUUGAUGGAAAUUCGAUUUUGUAAAAUAACGUGAACUUUUUUAUUAAAAUAUUUAUUCAAUUUAAUUAGUUAAGAUGUAUGGGUGGCUGUUGGAAAGCGUGCAAUACUUCAUAGUGGAAGAAUGCGGAGAAGAAAUAUGGGAGACGAUUCUGCGGGAGUCGGGUGCAAGGUGUACUGUCUUCAGUGCAACCCAGCAAUAUCCCGAUGCCUUGAUGUUGAGGCUCGCGAGCGCCCUCGCUCGUCUGAUCUCGAAAGACCCAAACAGCCCUGCACCAUCCAUUCCAAGCAGUCCAGCUCCCAAGAAAUCGUCAAUAAAAGUUAAACCAGGAUGGCGAAGUGCUUCGGUCCACGCAGACAACAGAUCACAAAGCUACAGAUGUCCUUUCACUGCAACAAAUGCACUCAAAAGCGUCACCAAAAAGGAAAUUGAUGCUUACAAUUCUUCCGAAGAGAUACGUUCGUCUGUAGCAGCGUCUACAGGAAAGAUUAAUGAGGCCAGAAUCACUGAAGAAGCUGAAAUUGUCGCCCGAGAGUUCCACAGGAGGAGUUUAGGUAUCAAAUUCGAAAAUCAUAAGGUUAAGGAGUCAAUUGAGGAGCCUAUUCCUGAAACCAGUAACGUGGAAGACCAACAGCCUGUUGUAAAAGAAAUUGAGACAGCAGCUUCGGAACCAGCUUCACCAGAGAGCGACGGAGCUAAAAAGCCUUCGAUUCUAAAACCAGCACGUAAAACAAGUUGUACGGUAGCUUUGGACGUGUACAAAAGACGCGGGUCCCUCAUCCCUUCGAGACCACGGAUGAACAGCCUUGGCCUCGUCAGCGUUGACAAGCUGAACCACUUGAGGGAGAAAUUUGGAACUCCUGAGAAAGUGAUGCAUUUCUUCGGCAGAUGUUUCGUCAAGUUCUUCAGUAAUUAUGGGUACGACACGAUGAUCCGAGCAACCGGCCGCUACUUCUGCACGUUCCUGCAGUCGGUAGACAACAUCCACCAGCGAAUGCGCUUCACGUUCCCGCGCAUGCGCUCUCCCAGCAUGCAGCUCACUCGUGCGCAUAGACACGGCGCUGAACUUGUGUAUAGCAGCGGCAGAACUGGCUUCACGCAUUAUCUUAUGGGUCAGCUGUAUGAGAUAGCAGAGGACAUAUUCUCGCUGAAGCUGAAGGUGUCUGUGGUGAAGGAAAGCAUGGAAGGCACCUACUACGUGGCUGUUCUGAGGCUGGAGUUCGAUAAUAGCGAUUAUGUCCAAUCACUAAUGCUCCGCAAAAGUCUGCCGUGUCCUCUACCAGCGGUACCGGCGUCCUUGCUACUGCAACUGUUCCCGUUCGGAGUUCUGCUGGACAGGAAGAUGAAGAUCCUCAAGGCGGGAGAGCGAUUGGUAGCCACUUGGGGAGGACCUCUCAACCGCAUACUAAAAUCAUCUAUCAGCGAAAUAUUACGCCUGAGGAAACCGAAAGUAUCUCUUACAUGGGACAAGGUGGUAUGCAUGCAGACAAUGAUCUUUGACCUGGAGUUGCUUCGGUACCGCAGUCGUGGCUGUCCCGAAGUGCGAAGAGGCUCACAAGGAGCUCGCUCCAUCCUACUGCGAGGACCUAUUUAUCUGCUGGAGGAAAUUGAUGCUCUCAUCUUCCUGUGUAGUCCAAUAUUCAAUGACCUGGAGGAACUUGCCCAGGCCGGGCUAUCUCUCGCAGACAUGAACGGUCACGGACUCUCCAAAGAAAUGCUCCUGCAAGGCUGGCAGCAUCUCUCCCGGCUAGAACUACUCUUCGAGAAGGCUGAAAGCCGGAGUAUUUCUUUGGAGAAGUCCUGCAGACUUCUGGAUCAGUGGAAGAAGAGAGGAGAUCAACUGCUGUAUACUAUGAUACCUAAAGGCAUUGCUGAUCACUUGAGAGCGGGGAAGGAUCCUAUGGCUGCAUGUCAGGCAUUUGAAAACGUGACGAUCAUUUUCUGCGCUGUACAACUAGCAGAGGCAGGCACCCGUGCUGAUGUGAUGCAGACCGUUGCAUACAUGAAUGACGUUUACUCAAGGAUCGAUAGGCUUCUUGAUACACAUCGCGUUUACAAGGUGGAGACAGUGGGCACGGUGUACAUGUUGGUGUCGGGCGCGCCGGAGCGGCGACGCACGCACGCGGCGUCGGCGGCUAGUGCUGCUCUCGCCAUCUCGCGGGCCAUUCCUGCACUCACUAUAGGCAUCCACACUGGCCCAGUUGUAGCCGGCGUGCUGGGACUACGCCUGCCUCGCUACUGCCUCGUAGGGGAUACGGUCAACACAGCCAGCAGGAUGCAGACUUCUUCUGAACCUGGUCGAGUUCAAGUGUCAGCAGUGACAGCGAAUCAACUGCCAGCAGGCAGGUUCAGGCUCCGACCGAGAGGCCUCAUCAAAGUCAAGGGAAAAGGCACUAUGGAAACGUUCUGGCUGGAAGGUGAGAUCGAGGAAGAGGAACAAAAUGACGCAUUACAGCUGUUUUCAGUAUUGUACGGAGAAAAUGACAAUUGAACACAAUUCAAUAUCUCUGUAGAAGGAAAGAAAUAAUAGUUACCUACUUAUGUAAUUUUCUUACUAAACGCGUCACAACAUAAACCUACCUACUUAGUGCAAACAUUUUGGGUAAGUAUCCUAAAAUGCCCAUAAGUCACUCACUGGAUUAAAAUCUAUGAAUCCAUCCAUCCCAUCCUCCGAGCCUUUUCCCAAUUAUGUUGGGGUCGGCUUCCAGUCUAACCGGAUUCAGCUGAAUAACAGUGCUUUACAAGAAGCGACUGCCUAUCUGACCUCCUCAACCCAGUUAGUUACCCACAGAUUUUUUAGAUUAAAAUCUAUAAAUCCUAAACUGAAAAAUUAAUCUGAAUUAGGUAUAACACAAACAUUGUGUACCUAACAAAUAUAAAGCGGUUAACUUGAAUCAUGAGGAAGUGGUCGAACUGACCACUAAAUUAAUCAUUGGAUUUUUACGAGACACUCAUUUUACCGAUUUUCCUUUACCUAGUCAAUUUCUUGUUCAAUUCCAGAAUACGAUUUCUUGAAAAAUUAUAUUUUAUUCUAACUAUAAAGUUACGCAUCUGAAUGAAAUAAUUGUAGGUAUAAUAUAUUACGAUAUUGAUAUCUCUAAUCGUAUGAUUACCUUAAUAUAUCACUUUUAUCUAAACUUCAAUAGCAAUUGAUUGUCAUACUGAUUGCAUAUUAAUCUAUGUAUUAUAUGAACAAAGGUUUUGUAGAGUUAUCUUAUGAUGUGACGUUAUAUCUCAUUAAUUUGUUAGUAUUUAAAUUAUCAAAGACAUAAAGGCCAGGCCUAAGUACUAUCUUCUAUAAAAAAAUGUUUGGGCUUUAAAAAUAUCUAUUCCUAAUUUAGUAGGUACAGUUGAAAUCAAACCACAUUUUUGCUAAUAUAGUAAUAAUUUAAUAUCAACAGACGAAUUAAAUUCGUUUUAUUUUUUGUUGCUUUUUAUAAUUUGAUUCAAUUAGGUACAAUAUUGUGUCGUAUCACUAGGCUACAUAAUACCAACUACCCGGCUAAGAAGUCAACAAGAUGUAACUUUAUGAAACUGACUUACACGUUCUAUUGAAAACUAAUUAAUUCGAGUAACACAACUCCACAAGGCCCUAACUGUUUCCUUCUUAGCCAGGCAGUAAACCUUACUAACAAUAAUAGUAUAUUUAAAGUUAAAUCGUAAUUACAAUAAAAGUGUAGAAAAUAAAAUAUUUACAUAUUCUGAUAAAAUAUUGUAAAACAGUAUUUAUUAUUGUUAUUGUGCAUGAUUGUAUUUACAGAAACUGUGUUAACAUGUUUGUAAAACAGAUGUGAAAUAAAGUUUAAACUUA